AUGAGUACCUUGCGGACUUUAAGUUGCCUGACCAGGGCAGCUCCCCGGGCAGCCAGCAAGACGAAUGCCCGCACACGAUUCGCGCCAACGAAAAAUCGUACCAUCUCAAGCGAUACGCAAAGACCAGCGCAAGCCUUCGCAGCGAAGCCGAUUCAGGAUGAUCCUCCUUCUGGGCCUUCGAUCGCAAACCCGCAGUUGUCAUUUCCAUGCCUUGAAAAUGCAGAAGACCGGACGCGACAACUGGCCACCAAGCGAUCGUUGUCUGGCCCAGAGCCAUCGUAUACUGUCGGCGAACACGAGACAUUCCACUCUGGCGAGCCAACACUGCUAGACUGGGGCGGUGUGCUGCCCUCGUUUGACAUCGCGUGGGAAGCAUGGGGCACACUGGAUGCGGACAAGAGCAAUGCCAUCCUACUUCACACUGGCCUUUCUGCAAGCAGUCAUGCCCACAGCACCAAGUCCAAUCCGAAGCCUGGCUGGUGGGAGAAAUUCAUCGGACCAGGAGCACCGCUAGACACCAAUAAAUACUUUGUCAUCUGCACGAAUGUGUUAGGUGGAUGUUAUGGAAGCACUGGGCCUAGCAGCAUUGAUCCCAUCACCGGACAGCACUAUGGCACAAGCUUCCCUAUUCUGACAAUGCAAGACAUGGUUCGAGCACAGUAUAGACUUCUCGAUUCCAUGGGCAUCGCCAAGCUAUACGCCAGUGUUGGGUGUAGCAUGGGAGGAAUGCAAUCACUGGCACUAGGCGUUAUGGACAACGAGCGAGUCGGCCGCAUUGUGUCGGUCUCAGGUUGCGCUCGAAGCCAUCCUUACAGCGUUGCUAUGCGCCAUUGCCAGCGACAGGUGCUUAUGAACGAUCCAAAUUGGGCAAAGACGCGUGGAAACUACUACACUGGUAUCCCUCCACACACAGGAAUGAAGCUUGCUCGCCAAAUAGCAACAAUCACCUACCGAUCCGGCCCAGAAUGGGAGAAGCGCUUUGGAAGACAACGUGCGGAUCCCAGCAAGCCACCAGCUCUCUGCCCUGACUUCCUAAUCGAAACGUACUUGGACCAUGCCGGCGAGAAGUGGUGUCUCGAGUACGAUGCAAACAGUCUACUCUACGUCAGCAAAGCUAUGGAUCUGUUCGACCUGGGUAAAGCUCUUCAAGACUCGACUGCUGAGCGCAGAGCUGCGAAUGCCGACCGACUGCAAGGAUCAUUCGUUGAACAGAUCAAGCAGGACCGCUGUACAUUGUCCAUUCCGGACGUGCCUUAUCAGGAACAGGAGUCGUCUGAAGAACUAAUGGCGAUGGAAAGAUCGGAUUCUGUAAGGCCAAGUACUCCAGGUUCCGGACCUCCUGAAGACCUUGUCAAAGGCUUAGUGCCUCUGCGCGACAUUCCAACUCUGGUGGUGGGUGUUGCGUCUGACAUUCUCUUCCCCGCCUGGCAACAGCGCGAGAUUGCUGAGACGCUACGACGUGUCGGAAACAGAAGUGUUUCGCACGCGGAGCUGGGUGAAGACAGAUCGCUUUUCGGCCAUGACACCUUCUUGCUCGAUCUAGAGGGUGUCGGAGGAGAGAUCAAGCGCUUCUUGGGGUGA